AUGGACGGUAAUCAAGGAAGUCCUCUUCAUAACGAAGAAGCAGCACAAGACGGCCAAGAACGUGCUACCGUCCCACAUGGACUUGCACCAGAUUACCCAGCUCCAUCAAACAGACAAGUUUUGACUGAAGAUGAAAGAGCAAUGACUGUGAAAUUCGGACCAAACUGUGCUACUGCGGAAGAAUUUGCCGAACUCUUUAAAGCCGAAGGUUUUCCAGUGUUUUCUGAUAUCAGAUUAGCUAAAUUUGGAACAGUUCGUCUUCCUUCUGAAGCACAGGCUCAACAAUUCAUUAAGCAUUUCAACGAAUUUCAAUUUAAAGGUGAACAGCUUUACGCUCAGCCAAUGCAACCACAGCAAUAUGUAAAAACUCUUCAUAUCACUGGAUUAGAAGAAAAUCACAUCGAUGAACGCCAAUUAUUUAAUUUAUUAUCUCCAUCUGGAUUUAUUCGUAGAAUUUCUUCAAAGAAAGGCUUUACUUUUGUUGAAUUCGAUAAUAUUCAAGAUGCAAGACGCGCAAGAAUCGAACUUAAGAAUAAGGAAAACGAAUUCCCUGGUCUCCGCGUUUCUUUCGCUAGAUCAGAACAUAAACCUGAUUUUAGCAAUUUAAGAAUACCUUUGUCAGAUAUUAUACCUCCAAAUCAUCAGUUCUGGUAUAAGCUCCAGGAUAUGCUUUACGAUCGUUAA